CCGCGUCAUAUGAUUACAUGGUCGCGUUACGUAUGGCUUUUUCCCCGUACCUGCUCAAAUAUUCGUAAAUAAUGCUGGACUCUUCAUCUAGUGAAGACGAAGAAGGUGUAAGCGGAUUUACCAAUUACAGCAGCAAACCAAUUUCAUCACAUGUUGCCAGUAAUAGACUUCCAAUUCAGUCGCAGAAAGCUCCUUUAUCCAGCCGAUUACAAACAGAGAGUAUCGGUACAGGACAACGGGGUUUACAGCCUAGACCUGUAAAUACUAGUACUUCUAAGGAAGUCAGUGUUCCAUAUGGGCGUCAAAAUUCUGUAUCUCCACACCAUGCUGAUAGUGUGGAUCAUAGUCAGUCCCCACAUUCGAAACAGCGCUAUGCAUCAGGAUCAAGGGAUCAUGUCAGUUCUAUUCAACGUGGCAGGCCACCUCGUCAGUGGCAAAAUGAAACAUUUUCACGAAGUGGUUAUGGACAUGAAUCUCAACAACAAGCAUAUAAUAGUAUGCAGGAUGAUGAUGGUGAAUUGUCUGUAUCAGCAAUGAGUUUGAACGCUCAACCACUACAACAACAACAAUAUUCACAGCAAACUUAUUCUUCUUCUAAACAAAAUACAAUGGAACGAUAUGCUAGUGGAGCACAUGGAAGUAGUUCAUAUAGUGUGAAUAGUUCAAAUAGUGGGCCUAUUACAGAAUCUGUUGAAUCACAUCAAGAUAAAGGACAAAGUCGUAAUCCAUCAAUAGCAUCACAAAGUCAAGAUCUAGGCGUAGUACAAGCUAACACUGUAAAUAAUCAACCUGUUAUACUAAGAGAUCCUGCAGCAUUGGAACAAGAAAAACUUGAACGUGAAGAACAAGAAAGACGAAAAGCAUUACAAUUAUAUGUUUUUGUAAUGCGUUGCAUAGCCUAUCCAUUUUAUUCAAAACCACCAACUGAUUUAAUACGUCGUUAUUUAAAAAUAACUAAACAACAAUUGAAUACAUUUAAAGAACGUUUUCAAGCUUUUCUUAGCGGUGAAUUAGAUGUUGUAGGCGAUGAAGCUUUUACAAAUGCUGUACAAAGUUAUUAUGAGGUAUUUUUACGCAGUGAUCGUGUAGCAAGUAUGGUACGUGGUGGUGGUUGUUCAAUGCAUGAUUUUCGUGAGGUGUUUCGAUUGAACAGUGAACAUCGUGUACAGUGUUUACCACAAAUUGAAGGUUUAAAUAAAGCUAAUGUUGUCAGUGCAUGGAUGGUAAAAUUUGAUCAAAUAUGUCGUGGUGGUGCUGGCCCAUCAUCUGUUCUACAGAAAUUACAAGUUCCUCAACCAGAAUUAGUAAUGACUAAAGAACAAUUAUAUGAAUUAUUUCAAGCUACAUUAGGUGUGAAAAAGUAUGAACAUCAGAUAUUAUAUAAUGCAUUACAACUGGAUAGUGCUGAUGAACAAGCUGCUCAAGUACGUCGUGAACUGGAUGGUCAAUUACAGGCAGUUGAGGAAUUAUCAAGAAAUCGUCAAUUCCCCCGGUUAGUUGUCAAAGAUAUGGAGAGUUUAUAUGCUGAUGAAUUACGUAAAAUGGUCGGGGAAUUAAUGUUACGAUUAGAAUCUGUACCUGUGACAAGAGGUUCAAGUAGUUUUCAAAAAUUUAAAAAAGUUAGUCGUUCACAAACUUCCGGUACAAAUUCACCAAGUUUAAAUUAUAAAGAGCAUAAUGAUGAAAUUAGUGAAACAAAUUUUAAGAAUAAAAUUGGCAUUCAAUUGAAUUUUUCUUUAGAGAUUGUUGUUGGUCAGGUGAAAAAUCUUAAACAUUUACCAACUAAUAAAAUGGUUUAUUGUACAAUGGAGGUUGAAGGUGGUCCAAGAUUACAAACAGAUUUAGCUGAAGCUGGUAAACCAACAUGGGGUACACAAGGUGAUUUUUCAACAAAUCAACCACUUCCUACAGUUAAAGUUAAACUGUACGCUGAAAGUUCAGGUCUUUUGUCACUUGACAGUGGUAAAGAAUUAGGACGUAUUAUUUUAAAUCCUACAUGUACAGGAAAUCGACAACCAGAAUGGUAUAAAUUACAAGUUGCAAAAAAUAUUCCCGAUGAUUUGAGCAUACAGUUGACACUAAGAAUGGAUAAACCAAAUAACCUGAAACAUUGUGGUUAUCUGUAUGCAUUGGGUAGAACAGCAUUUAGAAAAUGGAGACGACGUUAUGUCUGUUUAAUACAAGUCUCACAGUACACCUUCAUUAUGGCUUCCUACAAAGAGCGUAAAUCAGAUCCAACUGAAGUUAUGCAAUUAGAAGGAUUCACAGUAGACUAUUGUGAUGUACAAAGUGAUUUAGCAUCAACUGGUGGAAAGUACUUUUUUAAUUUGGUUAAAGAAGGCGAUAGUGUUGUAUUUGCAACAGAUGAUGAAAAUGAACGUCAAUUAUGGAUACAGGCAAUUUAUCGGGCUACUGGUCAAACGCAUAAACCUGUUCCACCAUCGAAAGAUGCUACAGGGAGUAAUAACACUAAUCUUCAAAAUGUGAAUCUCUCUUCUGGGAAUAAAUCAUCAUCAGCAGCUAUUUCUGCAUCACUUUCUCGUGGGAAUGCUUCAGCUGUGGGAAACAGAGCACAAGGAGAAUCUUGUUUCAACGAGUGA